AUGCUUCCUGGAAAAGCAAUCGCAACCCAAAGGAGUAUGUGCAAGCAAUUACUCUUAAGAGUGGGAGAGUUCUUCCGGAGAGAGUGGUACCAUCAAGAAGCAACGAGGACGUUGCGAUUCAAGAGGAGGAGGAGUCAGUCGACAUUGAAGCUGAGGAGAGUUGAGAAAGAGUCAGUAGACCUGAGAAGCAGAGGACAGCGCACCGGAGCCGUCAAAAGGAAACAAGAAGAGGAGGGAAACUCUUUUUGUUCCUCCACCAUUCAAGCCAAUGCUACCUUUUCCAACACGUUUCAAGAAACAAAUGGCAGAGAAAUGCAGAAAGAUGCCAUUUUGGAGAGAACCAAGGAAGUGCAAGGCAUGGUGGUAUUGUCUCAAGAGUGUAGUGCUAUAAUUCAAAGCAAGACAGUAACAAAGAAGCUUGGUGAUCCUGGAAGCUUCACUCUCCCUGUUCUUGGGACCUUUAGCAUUCAAGAAAGUUUGUGUGAUUUGGGGCGAGUAUCAGUUAAGCUUCCAGUAGGUAUGCUUGAAGAUAUGCCACUCAAGGUGGGAAGUGUGAUAGUUCCAACUGACUUUGUGGUAGUAGAGAUGGAUGAAGAACCCAAAGAUCCUCUGAUUUUGGGAAGACCUUUCCUUGCCACUGCUGGAGCUAUAAUUGAUGUGAGAAGAGGCAAGAUUGAGCUGAAUUUGGGUAAAGACUGCAAGAUGGUGUUCAAUGUAAAAGAUGUUAUGAAGCAACCAACUAUAAAUGGUGAGUCGUUUUACAUUGAAACACUUGAGCAGCUAGCCGAAGACUACUUGGAGGAAUUGGGAGUUGAGGAUAAGCUGCAGCUGGCUUUGACUAAGGAUAAUGAGGAGUUUGGAUGUCUACAAGCAGAGAGUAUGGGUUAUGCUUGGCUUAUGGACUCACACAGAGCAGCAAAAGAGGGACAGGCUUUGACGAGUUGGUUCAGUCAGAAACGAAGAGCAUCCGGGAUGGAAAACAGGUAUGCGUUCUUAGGCUCUAACUCCACAUACCCUGUCAUUGUCAAUGAUGCAUUAGACCCCCAUGAGCUUGAAACCCUCCUUGUCGAGCUGCGAAAGUACAGGAGAGCUCUUGGAUACUCGCUGGACGAUAUCAAGGGUCUCUCCCCUACUCUAUGCACUCACAGGAUCCAUCUCGAAAAUGAAUCAAAGGGAUCUAUUGAGCAUCAGCGUAGGUUAAACCCCAAUCUUAAAGAAGUAGUAAAGAAAGAAAUCUUGAAAGCUUCUUGA